AUGGAUGGACAUGAAAUUCAUCAUCCUCAACCAUAUAAAUUCGGAUACUCCGUGAAGGACAAGCAUGGUGAACAACACCAAGAAGAGUCUGGAAACGGUGCUGGAGCAGUUGUAGGAAGCUACGGUUUCACCGACGAUAGGGGAAUCGCUCGUAAGGUUAACUACGUUGCUGACCAUGCUGGUUUCAGAGCUCAAGUAAAAACCAACGAACCCGGAACUGCCAACCAAAACCCAGCCGCUGUCCAGAUCAUCUCUAAUGAUCCCUAUGCUCGUGGCGCAGCUGAACCCUUCCUUUCUCGACCAACUGGUAUAGCUGCCGUCCCAGCUGUCUAUGGAGGUGCAGGAUAUGGUGGUUAUGGAGUCGGAUACAACGGUAUUGGAUAUGGAGGUUAUGGACUCGGAUACAAUGGCUAUGGAUAUGGUGGUGCCAUGGGUUACAAUAGUCUUUUGGGAGGUUACGGAGGUAUAGUCAACUUUGGAGCACCUUUAGUUGGAAGUGCUAUCAGAGGUUACGACAGCCGAUUUAUGUUUAUUGUAGCUCUUCUUUCUUGCAUCGCGUUGGCUUCUGCCGAUGGUGGUUAUGAUGCACAUCAUCCCCAACCAUACAAAUUCGGAUACUCUGUCAAGGACAAGCAUGGUGAACAGCACCGAGAGGAGUCUGGAAAUGGUGCUGGAGCAGUUGUAGGAAGUUACGGUUUCACCGAUGAUAGAGGAAUCGCUCGUAAAGUCAACUACGUUGCUGACCAUGCUGGUUUCAGAGCUCAAGUAAAAACCAACGAACCCGGGACAGCCAACCAGAACCCCGCCGCUGUCCAGAUCAUCUCUGACGAUCCCUAUGCUCGUGGUGCAGCUGAACCCUUCCUUUCUCGCCCAACUGGUGUAGCUGUCGUCCCAGCUGUCUAUGGAGGUGCAGGAUAUGGUGGUUAUGGUCUCGGAUACAAUGGUCUUGGAAACGGAGGUUAUGGUCUCGGAUACAAUGGCCUUAGCUAUGGAGGUUAUGGUCUCGGAUACAAUGGUCUUGGCUAUGGAGGGUAUGGACUCGGAUACAAUGGAUAUGGAGGAUCCUUGGGAUACAGUGGUCUUUUGGGAGGUUACGGAGGUAUAGUCAACUAUGGAGCCCCCUUGGUUGGUGGAGCUAUCAGAGGGUAUGACAGCCGAUUCGUCAGAUUGAGCCACUCCUUCAUCAGAGGGGAUUUUGAAACUGACAGCCCCAUUAUGACCUCCAAGAAGACCAGCAUAUCCCAAGACAAACUCUUGAGUGGCCCAAGUAUGGAGAUGACCUUGCACACGGGAACGGAAAUUUUAAGGAACGAUGUUGAAGCUAAUUACAGUAACACCUCCCAACUCUCCCCGGUCGAGGCACCUCGUAAUUCAGGAUGUGAAGCUCCUGGCAUGGUGGUGGGUGCAGAAAAAGGUGGGGUUCUGGCUUCUCCCAUCGAUGACGGGACAUGCUUCCCAAUGUAA